AUGAGCCAUCCCGACUCCGACGAUUCACCAUUGAAGACCUCUGGCGCUGGAUUCGGUCUAGCCCAGGAGGACCCUGCAGCGUUCCUGGACGAUUUUGAUACCCAAAGCCAUGCGAGCUCCCGCGAUCCCGGUAGCACACGAACUGUUGACCCCGCGACGGGUCCCGACGGUGCGCUAGACAGUCACCUGGAUGCCGCUACCCGAGACCUGAACUUCGAAACCCUCGAUAAAGACAACAGACCAAUGUGGAGCGAAAUGAAGACCAAAGCUGGAAAGGAGCGGAAGCGAUUACCGCUGGCCUGUAUCGCAUGUCGCCGCAAGAAAAUCCGUUGCUCGGGGGAAAAGCCCGCGUGCAAGCACUGCACGCGCGCGAGAAUCCCUUGCGUAUAUAAAGUCACCACGCGAAAAGCUGCCCCGCGGACAGACUAUAUGGCCAUGCUGGAUAAGCGAUUGAAGCGGAUGGAAGAUCGCGUGAUCAAGACCAUCCCCAAGGAUGAAGCGAGAGACAUGGCCUCGAUCGGCAGGUCGGUAGUCAAACCUUCGGCGCAAGCUCAGCUUUCAAAGCAGCAGAAAAAACGCAGCGCAGACGAGGCCUUUACAGCUGAAAUGGAGGAAUGGACCCGAGAAGAGCGUCGCCCGCCGCAUGAGACACUGCCUAUGAAUCGCGAAGCCAGAUCCUCGGAUGGAUCCGGACUUCUGACCGAAGGGGCGGAGUUCUUACCUUCGCUGGAGAUACAGGAGCAUUUGGCCGAGGUUUUCUUCGACUGUGUCUAUGGACAGUCAUAUCUACUUCUACACAAGCCAAGCUUCAUGAGGAGGCUCAAAGCUGGCACUGUUCCCCCGGUCCUUACUCUCGCCGUUUGCGCAGUCUCUGCUCGAUUCUCAACGCACCCACAGCUGAACUCGGAGCCACCUUUUCUCCGCGGAGAAAACUGGGCUAACCCAGCUGCAGCAAUUGCGCUCAGCCGACAUGAUGAGCCCAACAUCACGAUUCUAACAGUAUUCCUUCUCCUGGGGCUGCACGAGUUUGGAACAUGCCAUGGCGGAAGAAGCUGGUCAUUUGGAGGUCAAGCAUUACGAAUGGCAUACGCCCUACAGCUUCACAUGGAGCUCGAAAGCGACCCAUUGCUCGGACAGGGCAAUGGCAACUCGCAAUUGAGUUUCACAGACCGGGAGAUCAGAAGGCGAACUAUGUGGGCAUGUUACUUGAUGGAUCGCUAUAACUCCUCGGGAAGUCAGCGACCACCUAUUGGAAAUGAGAAGUUUCUACAUAUCCAACUACCCAUUAAGGAAACCCACUUUCAGAUGGAAAUACCUGGCCCUACAGAAGACUUGGAUGGAGAUGUUUUGAACCCUACACCCGAGAACUCGGGUCAACUGUCAAAUGCCAGAGACAAUAUGGGAGUUUCGGCGUACAUCAUUCGUGCCAUCGUCAUCUGGGGUCGUCUUGUUGACUAUUUAAACCUCGGUGGAAAGAGAAAAGACACUCAUCCUCUUUGGCAUCCGGAGUCCGGAUACACGCUGUUGAAACGACAAAUUGAAGAAUUCUCCGCUUCACUUCCAGGGCCUCUCACAUUUACAUACGAAAAUCUUCAAAUUCAUGCCGCUGAGAAGAUAGCAAACCAAUUUCUGUUCCUCCACAUCAUCAUCCACCAGAAUAUGCUGUUCCUCAACCAGUUUGCCAUUCCUCUUUCGCCCGGAGGCCGGCCCCCCAGGGACAUGCCAAAACCAUUCCUUAGCAACGCAGGGCGAGCAGCAGUGGAAGCUGCUCACCACAUCUCUGUACUUUUUGAUCGGGCUUCAGCCUAUCCGCUCACCGUUCCUUUUGCCGGAUACUGUGCAUACACAGCUAGUACUGUUCAUAUCUGGGGUAUAUUUUCAAAGAAUGUGCAACUUGAGGCUCGUUCAAAAGAGAAUCUUCGACAUACAUAUCGAUAUCUCAACAAAAUGAAGAAGUAUUGGGGCAUGUUUCACUAUAUGGUCGAAAGUGCCAAAGACCGGUAUCGACAGUUCGCCGAUGUGGCCAUUAAGGGAUCUGUAGCCACGCAAAACGGCAGCUCAUUAGCGCCAAUGUUCCAAUACGGUGACUGGUUCUCCAAAUACCCACAUGGUGUAUCCAGAUUACACUGGGAGGACCCGGAUACACGGAAUAAAGAGACGGGAGAUGAUGCUGUUAUGGGCCAGAAGCCGGAUCUUCAGAGCGUCGAGGAUUUCUUCGCCAGCCUAUCACCAACACCACAACCCGUUCUUCCUCGCAAGGUACGCCCUCGCAAGAACAGCAAGCUUUCUGAUACCUCUAGUGUGGAUCAAACAUCUCCAUCACAGAUGGAUGUGACCAUGGGAAGUACUCCGACUAUCCCAGGAAGCGCAUUCCCCCAGCCAUCCAUGUACCCACCAAACCGGGCCAUGUCGUUUAGUCAAUUCGACUUCAGCAUCCCGCAGGAUCAGCUGCACCAGCUAGACAGACAGUUUGUCUACGGCUCGUUCGCUGACUUCGAUCCCACUGCCUUCAUACCCCCAAAUAACCCAUCUAUUCCACCCGCCAACGGCGUCGAUGCACAAGUUCCAGAGCAAUCUCUUUUCACCGGUCAACUCGAUCCAGGCGCACCCUCUGGAACAGGUGAAUUCUAUCAGCCCAGCGCGUGGUUCCUUCCAUUCAAUUUGGACCCGCUUGGUGGUGGUGGUGGUGGUGGUGCUAACUCAGGCCCCCCACCUGCUAGGAAUGCACCACCUCCACCCGGCACUGCCCCAGCACCCGUUCCCGACGCCGCUGCGGGUAACGGCUCUGCAAGUGUUGGUAUACCACCAUUCGGUGGAACGGCCGAUCUCCCCUUGAGUGCCUAUGAUUUAGGCCUAGGCGGACCAGAUAUGGGACCAGCCUCGCGGCACGUGUAA